GGCUACCAUCUUAACUUUUUUUGAACAUUUCCUGCAGAUGCCACUGUCUCUAUCACACUCGAUCCAGUCUAUAGACAGGCUGAUUCAACUAUCUACUUCCUCUUCUCUUCCCAGUAGGAGGAGGGGAAAGGGAGGGGGGCUGGGUGUAACAUGAAUAGUCUAAUUGACAGGAAAGGAAGGGAAAGGAGAUGAGGAAAGGAGACUGUUAACUGAAUACGUUAGUGGGGGGAUGAAAAGAAAUCUUAUGUUCUUAAGUAAAAGGUUUAGGUCCACAUACAAACAACUCCUACCCUAAAGUAUCUCCCAUUAUUCAUCAGUUUGUCUGUAGCUAGUUGCAUUUCUUAUUGAUUUGCCUACUUGGGCUAAAAAAACCUCUACCGGAAGUCUUUGAAUGUUAGCUGAGUAAUUUAUAUCUCAGUUUAGGUGACCAAAACUGAAAUGAAAGCAAGAAAAUAUGUCUACCCACCAACAUCCCUUGAUGACUCCACAGCUUUCCCAAAAUAUGCGGGUCCAAAUUUCAGUGGUCCUUUUGCAUUUUUAAGAAUUGAGGGAGCUAAGGGGCAAUUGCUACGUUCAGUCUUGCAGAUGUUGAGGCAUUCUUUUCAGUCUUUGAAGUUCUUCUUCUAAUGUCUCCACCCACUUUCAGUGGGUAAACUUUGAUGUGCCAUUCAAAGCCUGGGGUGAACCUCAAGUUGAGUCUUGCAUUUCUGAUAUUGGUUAAAACUGUUGUUGGUACAAAGAAUAAUUUGACUUGUCAACAUGGAAAGACAUUGCACUUAACAUGUAUGAGCACAGAAUAGUAAUGCCACCUGAAGACAAAUACACAUUGUUGCAGGUUAACAAGACAUUGAUUUCUCCCCCCUUUGUUUAUUUAUGGUUUUGGUUUAGUAUGCUGUGUAGCCUGUUCAGUUGCUUGGUAAACCAUGAUUUAAUGCUUUAGUGAAGAAACUGAUUUAUUGCCCUGUUUCUCCCCUGAAAAUAAGCCCUCCCCUAAAAUAUUGCAACAUAGCAGCAGCCAUAAGGUGACCAUGCUUGUCACCUCCUGCACCUCAAAAAUAAUAAGAUCUCCCCAACAAUAAGGCCAAGCGCUUAUUUCAGGGAAGCACGGUAGUAAAGCAAUGAUUAUGAUUUACUUUACUAUGUCAAAUCCAACCAGUAAAUAAGAAUGUUGAAAUAACUAAUUAUUAAAAUCUCUAUAGCCACUCCUGCCUGCCCAACCCAGGUGUCCCACUUGCCAGAUGCCAGAUUUUCUUCUGUUUACACAAGCAACAUGAGCCAUUGCCAGAAAUGCAGACCUUGCCAUCUCUUGUUCUUUCCUUCUCUUCCUCGUACAAUGUGUGCCUUUCUUGGUAUUUGCUUCACUUUUUCCAUGUGCUUUUUCUUCCUCUUUCAUUUUGUGUAUUUAUAAGUCGUUACUGACUAUCAAAGGUGACACCAGCCAGAGCAUAGAAUAAUUCAAAGAAGUAGUGCAAGAUUUACAUGACAUGGAUAGCCCACCUGGCCCAUAGAAUUGCCACAAAUUGGACAUGGCUGAAUGGAUAACAUCAUAAACAACAACAACAACAACAACAACAACCCACUUCUGCACUUAUUCUCAACUGUAAAUCUCACAGAAUUCAGUAGAGUUGAGUCCCAGCUUGUGUGUUUCAGCAUUCUGAAGAUAUGGCGUCUCACUAUAAGUAUCUACCAGCAGAAUGCUACAAUCUAGUUUGGUUUUUCUUGGUCUUGAAGUUCUGAAUAGCAAGACAUCCAGUAUAGUGAGACUUUAUCUACUUUGAAAACAAUCUAAUAAUACCCGAAUAAAGGAUUUAGUUGCAAUUAUAUCACCCAGCGUGAUGAUUUUUUUCUGUCAAAAAUGUCUAAACUAGGAAUUUAAACUGAACUGAUGGAGUGAACAAUGAUGUGUAAAAAGCAGCUGUGGAUAAUUCUGGCACUGUGCUUUGCACUUUCCAUCUGGAAGAUGUAUAUUUCUGUUUCAUCUGUGUCCAAAAGUCUUGAUGAGUGGCUGCAACAAAACUCAUUAAUGGAAGAAGAAAUGUGUUACCAUAACAAAUGUAUUGGCCUAAGCAGUUGGGAUUGGUUUUGUGAUCACUUUGAUGCCUCGGUAAACUGCCUACUGACUCUUGAAAACUCUGAUAUUCCACCAGAAGUUCUUCAGUGGUGGCUGAAGCUACAAAGAUCAAAAGAUGGCAGCCAAAUUCAGAAGAUGGUAAAAUAUCUGUUUGACCUCCUUCAAUCACCCACUGCUAAAACUCAGGAUAUUGUUCAUUGUGGAACCUGUGCUGUGGUGGGAAACUCAGGAAGGCUGAGGGGCUCUAAAUAUGGAAAGAAGAUAGAUUCUCACAAGUUUGUGAUGAGAAUGAACACUGCACAGGUUACAGGUUUUGAGGAAGAUGUUGGCACACGAACCACACACCAUUUCAUGUACCCAGAAAGUGCGAUGAAUCUCCGUCCUAAUGUACAUCUUGUACUAAUCCCUUUCAAACCUCUGGAUCUCAAAUGGUUGGCCAGUGCUCUUUCAACAGGAGAUAUUCAGCAAACAUACAGAAAAGUUAGACGAUUUAUUAAAGCCGACAAAAGUAAGAUUCUAAUAAUUCACCCUGGUUUCCUGAAAUAUAUCCACGACAAAUGGACACGGCAUCAUGGAAAGUAUCCUUCCACUGGGUUGAUUGCACUGAUGUUUGCCAUUCAUACCUGCACACGGGUUUCUGCCUUUGGCUUUGGUGCAGACAUCCAUGGGAAUUGGCAUCACUACUGGGAAGACAACCUUUACGCAGGAGCCUUUCGCAAGUCUGGAGUACACAAUGGCACUGUUGAGCUACAACUCAUUGAAAGGCUGACCAUUGAAGGCAAAUUGGAAUUCUAUAAGUAGUUUAUACUUUAUACUAUGCGUCUAAGCUUGCUGAAUCAGAUUGAAAUAGGGAUAAUGCCUUUCCAAAAUGUCUUACAAUCUUACAGUUCUUCACAUUAAGAUUUUUUUAAAUUUCAUCUGUUCCGGUUUCAAAGAAAAGCAAAAUGAGAAUAAAACACAAGAAGAUGAGACAUUUCAGUUCAUUUCCUGCACCAAAUAUUAAAAACAUGAGUAACAUGGUUCUGCUUUUCUGAAUUGAUGUAUUUUAGAACAACAGAGACUAUAAGCACUAUUUGUUACUACCUUCAGCUUUUGCUUCCUUCUCUGAGUAUGAAACCAUAGACAGAACAAUUCAGAUUUACUAGCUGUGUUUUUGACAGCAGAAGAAAUUGGGAGCAUUAAAAGAAACAUAUUUCUGAUUAUUUUCAGAAUAGGUGUUUGAAUGUGAAAUAUAUCUUUGAAUGUGAAAGUUAGGCUUUUUCAUAACUAAUUUGGUGUUUCCCCUUCCCUCCAUCACAAUUUAUAAAUCAAGUUCUCAAUAAAUUAUCCAGAUUUUUAAUAUUAUUUGAAUAUUACUUGAAAAUGAUUUUUUUACUAUUAUUUGAAAUGAUUGCUGGAACUAUGUUUAUUAAAUGUAUAUACAUAUUGCUGUUUGGGGUGAUUCUAGAUAUAUUACAACAGUCAUUAUUUAGGACUAUGUAAUACACUAACUUGCUACUCUACAUUAGCUUCAUCAAUUCUAGACCCUAUCAUACCAUGUUAAGUUUAAUAUUAGUGAUAAUGGGAACAUUCACAUUAUUUGAUUUUUUAAUGUAAAUCUUUAUUUAAACAAUGGUAAGCCAAAUAGCCAAUGAUAUGGUUCAUAACACAGUUUUCUAUGAUAGUAGAUCAAUUUUUGUUGGCAUGGCCAUUCCCAUGAUUAGACAUAUUGUAUGAUAAACUUUUUCUCUGUGAAGAAAAACUGAAAUGCAAGAUAAAUCUAUUGCACUGGGCAAAAAAUACACUAUUAUCUAAAUACUUUUAUGUUGCUCCAAUUAGAGAAUGAAUAAGUAAAUAAAAGGUCAGAUUCACACCCAACCCUACUUAAUUGACCCCUGCUCUUGUCUCCAACUGCUCUGAUGGGUUUUAAGCAGAGAACCGCCCUCUCCACACAAUGUUUAAUCUAAUACCCCAAACCUGGAAAAUCCUGACCAGCUGUUCCUGCUCAGUUUGUAUUAUUCUUUAACCCAGGGCUGUCAGGCUCACAGCCCGCGGCCCAGAUGCAUCACCUGCUGGCCAUGCCCAGUUUAGCAAAGGGGGAAAAAUCCCGAUAGCACAUUGCUGUGACAUUUGAUACCCCUGCUUUAUUCCAUUAUGACUCUCAUCACUUUAAAAAACAUCAGUGCGGUACCUAACCACUGAUAGAUUAUUAUCCACCCUAAAUGUCAUUCAGUGCUGCACUUUAGCCAUUGCUGCUCUCAAAAAGAUAACACAUAAAUGAUGUGAUCAGUAAAACAGCAAAAAAUCAGUUACAUGGCUAUAGACAUUUAAGUUAAUGCCAGGAAGAGUAAAGUGCAAUAGUGGUACAUUUGACAUAUAUCCUCAAGAUGGAGUGGAAACCAGCGAGGAAACAAUUUGUACUGUAGGGUCCAAAAUAUUUGGCCUAGAGUAGGCAUAAAUUCAAUAGAUCAUAUUACCCUAAUAAUAAACAAACAUUAUCACAACCAUAAAUAAUCACCUUACCUGAUCAAUCGUCACAAAGAUUAAUAGGAUUUUCCCGUCAGCUGGAAAGUGAGAUGAAGAAUGAGCUACUAAUAAAUAUAGGAGGCAUUGGGAAAAAGAGGUGUGAGACAGGAGCCAAUAACUUCACCCUGUAUUGUGCGAAUAUUCUAAUCAAGUUUAGAAAAUGAAUUCCUAAACAUGUGACCUAUUGCAAACUGGGGUUAGAAUUAAAGUAUUAUGUAACAAUGAAUAGGGAAAA